UUUAUGGCACCUAGAAGAGAGGAGAUCUGGUAUUGAUCUUUCAAUAUUUGACCUGUUCCUGCCUGUAGGAUACGGACUAUCUAAACCAAAGGACGAUAUACCCGUCCUCCUCCCUUCUAUCCUCACCCCUCAGAUACUCCUUUAUGUAGAGCGAAGCUACCGUGAAAGAAAAUGA